UCAUAAUUUCAACCCCAAAAAACAAAAAAAUAAAAAUAAAAAUAAAAAAAACAAAAAAGAAAGAAACCCUCACCACCAAUCCACUCUUUCUCUUUCACACCCUCCGAUCAAAAAUGGAGAACACCACCAACACCAACAACACCCACCCUCACCAGCAGGCCCAAUCGAGCCCAUACCCAGGCCCACCAACACUCCCACCACCUCCCACCACCACCACCGUCGUCCCCGGAGGCGCACCACCACCGUCCUCCGCCGCACCAUUCCACCACCUCCUCCAGCAACAACAGCAACAGCUUCAGAUGUUCUGGUCCUACCAGCGCCAAGAAAUCGAACACGUCAACGACUUCAAGAACCACCAGCUUCCAUUGGCGCGCAUCAAGAAGAUCAUGAAGGCCGACGAAGACGUUCGCAUGAUCUCCGCCGAAGCCCCAAUCCUCUUCGCCAAAGCCUGCGAGCUCUUCAUCCUCGAGCUCACGAUCCGUUCAUGGCUUCACGCCGAAGAGAACAAGCGAAGGACACUUCAGAAGAACGACAUCGCCGCCGCCAUUACGCGAACCGACAUCUUCGAUUUCUUAGUUGAUAUUGUUCCCAGGGACGAUAUCAAGGACGAUGCGGCGGCUCUCGGCGGUAUUGUGGCCGCUGCUGCGGCGGCUACUGCCAGUGGUGUUCCGUACUAUUAUCCGCCCAUGGGCCAGCCCGCAGGCCCGCCUGGUGGCAUGAUGAUUGGCAGGCCCGCAGUGGACCCGGCAACGGGGGUUUACGUGCAGCCGCCGUCGCAGGCGUGGCAGAGUGUUUGGCAGACUGCUGCGGAGGAUGGCAGCUAUGGGAGUGGCGCCACCGCCGCUCAAGGGAAUCUUGAUGGACAGAGCUGAGCACUGUUGUGAGUUGGGAUCUUGUCGAUGCUGAACAAUGUUUUUGGAUUGCUUGCGAUUUAGAGAUGGUUUGUUAACUUAAAUUUUAUGGGAAGACAAUGUGAACCUGUUUAACUUAAAUGUACAACGGCAAUGAUGUUAACAACUUUUUUAUGUACAAAAAUUUGAAACUGAAUAUUGAUCUUUUUCUGUGCAAUGCUCUGAGACAAUUGAUCAAGACUCUGUUUAAUGUUUUAUGCUCAGAAGCCCCACUAAUGCAUGCUACUUCAUACUUGCCACA